CUAGUUUUGGCACCAAAGCAUGCACAGUCUAGAAGGAUGUGAUGGUUCCAGGGUCCGUCCUGUGUCCGUCCCGUGUGCCUUAAAGCUUGGCACUCAGUUGAUGUGACAAUCAUACAUCACGAGUGGGAGUUAAUACAGACAGACAGUCGGCAUCAGCUUGUCUUCUUGCUCAACCGCCACAAAAAAGUGAUCGACUCACGAGAAUAGCCUGCCUUUUGUUGGCCUGCAAUCCGAACCCGUGAUUACUUCUCGAUAUUGACUGAAGAAUUCAGCAUGGCAUUCUAUACGGCAAUACUCGGAACAAUCAUUUUGGGUUGCUGUCUGCAACUAUUGCGUACUCGAUACCGGGCACAUCUAAAGUCCAUCCCAGGGCCCUUCACCGCCAGCAUAUCCAACCUCUGGAAGCUCAGAGCUGUGUAUGCAGAGGACAUGCCAGGAUGGAAUAUUGCUGUUCACGAGAAAUUUGGCCCCGUAGUGCGGAUAGGCCCAAACCACGUCUCUUUCAGUAGCCCAGCGGCUUUCCAGGCUAUUUACACUGCAAGGCAGGCAUUUCCGAAGUCAAACUUUUACGAGGUCGGAGCACCAACCUACGCCGACGAGCCACUGGAGAAUCUGUUUUCCCUCAGAGAUGUGCAGCGUCACGCCACUUUGAAACGCAACAUUGGAGGUCUCUACACGAGGACUGCAGUCAAAGAUUUCGAGCCUAACAUCGAUCGGUGCGUAAGUCUGUUCCUUGGACAACUAGCAGAACGAACGAAACCGAACGGGCAUGUGACACUCGAUAUGUCGUUAUGGCUGCAUCUUUAUGCGUUCGAUUGCCUCAGUGCAGUGAAUCUGUCCAAGCCAUUGGGAUUCUUGGAGUCGGGCCAGGACGUGAAAUCUAUGAUUGGGUCAGCGGACCAAAUUUUCGUCCUUGUAGGAUUGUUCACUCAAGCACCCGCUCUUCAGUGGCUACUGGGCAGACUUCGAUCACUAUCUCCAGCAGAAGAGUCAGAACCCGCAUUGAAGUUGACGCUGGAAGAGGUGGAGACCAGGAGGAAGUCAUUCGAAAAACAGACGGACAUGUUAAGUCGAUUUUUGGAUCUCCAUCGGGAGAGUCCGGAUAAAGUGUCAGUCAGAGAGAUCAUAGCUGCCAUUUUUAUAAACCUGACGGCCGGGCACGACGUUCUAGCUAUCACUUUGAGAGCAAUCUGGUACUAUCUUGCGCGCAAUCCUCGCGUGCUGAAGAAGCUGCGUUCUGAAAUCGAGACUGUGAGCACUGAGUGCCCGCCAGGCUCAGUAGUCACAUAUUCCACAGCGUCGGGGCUCGAAUAUUUGAAUGCUGUUAUCCAGGAGACGCUGCGGAUUCACCCUAACACUGGCACCAUCAUCGAACGAAAAGUUCCGGGCAAGGGGACCUUGAUUGAUGGCCACUACAUCCCUGGUGGAACAAUCGUUGGAGUCAACGCAUGGGUUCUCCAUCGCAGCGAGGAGGUGUUUGGGAAGGACGUCAAUGAGUUCCGACCGGAGAGGUGGCUUGAAGCAACUCAGGAGGAAAGACUCGAGAUGAACCGAAAUUUGUUUUCGUUCGGAGCGGGGGCACACAGCUGCAUCGGGAAGAACACCGCAAUGAUAAUGUUGACCAAGCUUGUAUUCGAGUUCUAUCGACGAUAUGAUGCGGCAUUGGCAUGCCCUAAGCAGGAGUGGAAAGUACAUGGCAGCUGGGUGACCAAGCAGACUCAGAUGGACAUGACUGUCUACAAGCUGUGAAACUUUUCAUCUUUGUGUUUCCUGAAGGAUAGACACUCGAAUGCAGGUGCAGAAGGGGAGGGAUCUUAUCUGGUCAUCCGCGGAGUAGUUCUUACUACUUUCUGCAUUUAACCAAGGCCAUGAGCAAGAAUUUAGGGUUACCUGGAAAUGUUGGAGGCGCCAUGUAUGUCAAUUAGUCCUUGGACGUAUACGGAAUAGAAGCGGAACUAGUUAAGCAAGGCUAACACUUGAAGGUAUGAAGAUGUUGCCACAAUACCUACCCUAGGGUAUUUACCGGGAAUCACUUGUCUAUCUACAUGCUGUGCCCAGCACGACUAGAAGUUUCGAACAACAAUGUUGGAACUUUCUCAUCUGGCGAAUCAUCCCAGGUGUUUCCAAUUUGUGAUAGACUUCAAAUUCAAAUGAGAUGAUUGAUCAAUACAUCAUAA